UUGACAAUGACAACUUUAAAAUUAACAAGUAAACGAAUGGAUGUGAUUGUAAAACAAUAAAACAAUACAAAAUAUCAAAAACAAUAAAAGAAAUAAAUAACGUUAAAUUAAUGUUGUUGAUUCAAUUACAUUUAACGAAAAUUAUUGUUAGUGGGAAGAAAAAAUUUGCGACCAUUGUCUCAGUCAAAAAUAAGGUUAUGUUAUGAAAUCAACGGAUCGAGGUGAUUCACUUCGUAUGAUAUUGAGGUUUUGACCGUUUUACGGCUAAGCAAGCAGCCGUAUAUGGGUUGAGUACGUAAAGGUUGCUUUCAGAAGGCUUUACUGUUCCGUUGUAUCUCUUUGUGAAGAGUUAAAAUAAUGGGUGAUCGCGAGAAGCCAAGUGGAUCUGGGUCACAGGAUGAGAAGGAGAAGCCAAAAAGGGUUGCUUCACAGCCUGUGGCAACUGGCUCAAGUGGUUCAAGUUACUUUGCAAGUGAACCCAUCCAGUUCAGAGUUCGAGGGUCUACCAUCACAGGGGCAUCACCCCCCAAAUUUGUUACCCUGGAGGAUAUAAUGAAAGCUGCACAUGGUAUGCAGAAUAUGGCUUUGGCACAUGAAAUUGCAGUGGACCAAGAUUUCAAAUUGGAACCUUUUGAACCACCCGAUAACAGCUAUCAAAAGUUAGUGAAAGAAACUAUGCACAAAGCAUAUUUUGAUAUAUUAAGAGAACAACUUAACUCUGAUCCACCUGAAUACAAGCAGGCUCUAGUCUUACUGGAAGAUGUAAAGCAGGGUCUGUUCUCAAUAUUGCUACCCCGGCAGACUCGUAUAAAGGAUAUGAUUGAAGAAGUACUAGACGCUGAGUUCAUCAAGCAGCAAGCGGAGAACAACAGCCUGGACUUCCACAAGUAUGCCCACUUCGUGAUAGACUUGAUGGCCAAGCUCGCUGCUCCGGCCAGGGAUGAGAUGAUCCAUCACAUUACCACACUCACUGAUACUGUGGACAUAUUCCGAGCUAUCCUGGAGACCUUGGAAGUGCUAAAAUUGGACCUGGCCAACACACUGAUAGCCAUGCUGCGACCCCAUGUACAACAGGAGAGCGUGGCCUAUGAGAGGACCAAGUUUGAUGAGAUGCUGAAGAUAUCUGAAGAUGGGUUACAACACACGCGAGAAUGGCUGCAGAGGCACAUAGACAAGACAGAGCUAGAGCUGCCGGUCAGAGACCAGAAUAUUAUAAGGAAUGUUACAGCACAAACUUUAGCCAAGGCAUAUCUGGAACUAUUGGAGUGGGACAACUCGAAGACUUAUCCUGAGACAGUGUUGCUAGACAAACCACGUUUCACAGAGCUCGGCACACAAGUGUACCGGCUGAUAUGUGUGACGUCACUGCUGCUUGUCAGCCCAUCCUGUGGUGCCGACCAACAAGGCCAGCACAAGCAGCGGCUGAAGGAGAAACUGUUCAUCAUACUGGACAACACUAGCAAUGACGUAGAGCUGCAAGCAAUCCUUCCAUCAGUAGCUGAGGAAGUGAUCUUGGUGACGGAACAGCUUCUAGAGACCCUGAACCAGGACCCUCUCACAAGUGAGACCAAGGAGCUCAUCAGGACACAGAUCAUAUCACUGAGAGACCCGGAACACAGAGUCAGGCAGAUUGUCCGUCAAAGGGUCCUAGAGUUCCUCAAAGUGAUACUAGUUUGUGCAGGUGGCUCUCGCCAGGUCCCCGUGGGUCUGUCGGCGUUCACAAAGGAACUCACUUCGGUGUCGGGAACUCUUUUGCGUUACGUGAUGCACAAUAAAGCGGUAUUCACCAAACACUACCUCGAUAUAAUCGAGGAGGAACUGAGUAAAAGUUAGGUAUAGUGAAUACUCGGUUAUCCGGACACCUAAUAAUCAAUUCGCAAUUUAGAACUCGAUUAUCCGGACAUCAGUUAUACGGAUUGGCAAUUGAUAACUCGACCAUCCGGAAAUGAAAUAUCCAGACUUGCAAUUAAAAACUCGACCAUCCGGACAUCACGGACAUGAGUUAUCCAGACUGGAAGUUAAAAACUCGAUUAUCCGGACACCAAAUAAUGGGUUCGCAAUUUAGAACUCGAUUAUCCGGAUAUCAGUUAUACGGAUUGGUAAUUGAUAACUCGACCAUCCGGAAAUCAAUUAUUCAGACUCUCAAUCAAAAACUCCCGGACAUGAGUUAUCCAGACUGGCAAUUAAAAACUCGAUUAUCCGAACGCGCAGUUAAAAUAUAUUAUCACAAUAACUCUUGCCAAUCUCAUAUAGAAGCAUUUCAAUCGCUGAAAACAGAAUGCCUUAUUACAGCAAUAAGUCCAGUUAAGUCUUUACUGUACUACGAUAAGUGGUGUGCACGGAGUUUGCAGUUAGAGUAAGCACUACUCGUAAAUACGAAAACGAUGAAUGUUUUUAGUAGGCAGUGCACAUAUGGAAAGUAGCCACUGAUUUACGAAGUUUUUGUUCCGACUUUCGAUUACUAAAUUGUAUAUAAAGUCAAACCAUAUAAUAUUCAGUAUUUUUUACAUUUUAAUAAUAACAAGUUUUAAAAAAAAUCAUUUGUAUCUCUUUUAUUAUGAUACUCGUAGUGAUUAAUCGAAAAUGUAUUUAAAAAAAACAAUUAAUUUAUACAUGAUUCAAAUGUAUUUUUAAGUAAUAACAAAAAUUAACAAUCAUUUGCCUUUAUUUACAGACUGCAAGAACAAUGCAAUGUACAAGUUUUUAUAUUUUCAUACCAUUUUGCAAAGUUGAGGUUUUUAAGUUGCAGAAUGAAAUGUAUUUGUUAUCUAUCAUUAUUUAGGGAAUUCAAUGUUUUAUUUACUAAAUUCGAAACAAAGCUACGGGGUAGCUAAUUUAUUUUUAACCAAAUUUUGAAAAUUAAAAAUUUGUAAUUAUUUUUAAAAAAACAAUUAUGUUUUGUGUAAUAAUGUUCCAGAAAAUAUCUGCAUUUGUAUUGGAAUUUGUAUUUUCAACAUAGUACAGUAGUGUUUUAAAUUAAAAUUUUAACAAUUUUAUUAACUUUUUACUAUGAACCCAUGGGAGCAAAGGAAUUGUUUUGUAGAAAUGUGUAAUGUAUUUCUAUGUGCAAUACUCAUUAAUAAACAAUUUAAUAACA